UACAGCAAAGUGUCUAACGCCUCUCUUAAAACGCGUGGACCUGGUACCUCCAGUGCCAACCAGACUAUUGCCUCACAUACGAUAGCAGGAUUGGGCCGUGGUAUAGGGGUAGCAUCGUUCUUACCUCAGCGUAUCGAGCCAGAGGUCGUCCUGGAGCGGAAAAAGGGCGUCCGGUUUUUCUUUGCAGAGGAAGACGAGCCAGCUAACGAGAACUUGGACAAUUCGGACGACGACAUGGACCACGACGACGGCGCAGCCCUGGACGAAGAGGAGGUUUAUGACGAUCCUGAUGCCGAGACUCAGGCUGAGGUUGAAGCAGAAGAUGGGGUUAUGCUCAACAAUUCAGAAUCCCUCCAACUAGCACUGCAUGACCUCGACCUACACGACUCAUCCGCCGGCGGCGAGGCGGAUCCGAUCGAUGAAUAUUACGAUAACCACGGCGAGGACGGGGAUUACAAUGUCGAGGAGCAGGCGGAUGUAGAGGAGCAGACGAAUGGCGCGAGCAACAAGGACCAGGAGCGUCUAGACCGAUUCAUGCAGCCGACAUCCAAUUCGGACGAAGGCGUUCUGGAGCUCAAUCGAGAGCGCAUUGACUGGCAGAGCAUGUUGCAGUCUGUCCUCACUGGAGACGUCUUUAGUAUUGAGAACAGGCGCUUGGAGGAUCCCCAGUACGAGAUGCAACCGGCUAUCAAGCAACAGAUUUGGCAGGGUCUUAGAGCACGCAUCCACUCACGACCUAUCAGUGACGAGAAACGGUUCGUAGAAACGGCGAGAAUGCAGGUGGACGCAUUCCUUCAAGAGGUCAUGGACUUCAAGAUGGAUCCGAACAGCCCCCUAUCUCCACUUGAUCAAGUUCUAGACGUACUCCACAAGGUCGACAUCGUCGAGGGCCUCUACCCAAAGUUGUCAGCGGUCGGUGCCGAUAAACCACUAUACAACUCCGCCAAAUUCCAGUAUCGUCUGGAUGCGCUCAAUGCAUAUGCGAGUGUAAUGAAAAAGAUAAAGAUUCAGACAAAAAUUCUCAGAAACUGGACAGGAAGCGAGACGCUGGAGGUUUCACGAUCAAAGGACGCCGGUCAGGCCGAGGUUUCAUUCGUUGAUAGACUGCUUAGUGAGAACGGACUGGAGAGGACGUUCGAAAAGAGUACGCUAAGCUCACUGCAUCAGGCGAUGAAGCAAAUCAAGGCGACGAUGAUCGAUAACGCAGUCGCUUUCGCCAGUAUGGGUCUUGUACCUACCAUGAGCGAGUUGCAACAGCUCAUUCGAUUCCCAACCACACUCAUGCAGGAGUGUUUACGUCUACGUCUUGAAUACGCCGAUCGAGUUACAGUGCCAACCCUGCCAAAUGUGGAUCAGAUGCUGGAUGAUUUUAAAAAAUCCCUGUUCUUGGCUUGCAGGAUCAAAUAUGAGUACGAGGAGUUGGAGAGCAGCGAUCAGGAUGGGUGGUACCUGGAGCCUUGUAUAGAUUCAGAGUACGAGAAGACUCUCAAGGCGUCCCUGCAGUUCUAUUUCAAGCUGUUGUCAUGGAAGGUCGAGUACUGGGGUCAAUCCAAAAAGUACAUGGACUCGGUUCUGGACCUCGAAUGGGAGAGUCUCAGUGAAUUGGGCCAAGCCAUUGACGGUAUCGGUCUUGACACUGCGGAGCAACUUUGUUUCCUUACGAGCAAAUCGACUACCUUCCUGUACAGGCACUUACAAGAGCAAAUUAAGGAGCACCCUGACGUGCUCCAGACCGCCGGAGAAGUGACCAAGUUUUACGGAAAGGUGUUGGAAAAUGUCCGAUUUAGAGCUAACAGGCUGAGGCGAUUCGCAAGAACAUUGACCGACACUUUCGAGAACACAGCCGAAUACCAGCUCGACAAGAAGAAAGGAGACAGCUUCGGAGCAUUGAUGAACAGGUUGGCGGAGACGGACCACGUCAUGGUGUUCACGAACACCAUCGAAAGUAUGGGCGUGUACAUGAUUGUGGAGCACAAGGUUGCCGAGAACGCACUCUACCUUCCACGUACACUGAAGUCGUGCUUUGAACAACCAGGAUCUGGCUAUAUCCUCAUCUUUACACCUCGCGAACGGUUUAUCUGGUCUGGUUCGAUUCUUCACCUGGACGUAUUGCCUGACUUUGAUCUCGAUGUCAAGCCUGGACGUGCACGCCUGAUUUCGGAGCGAGGCAGCCUUCUGGAUGCCUGUAAGAAGCGGUUCGGCAAGUUCGCAGAGCCCUUUGGACUGUCAAUCAUUACGGAGAGUCGAGCGAAUGUCACCGCACUGAAUAAGGAGCUCAAUAAGGCUAAGAAGUCGGCAUACAAGUUGGCGGAUACGAUUGUACAGUCGGUUGCAGUCCUCCGCAAGGCUACGAUUAAGGUUCCCAACUGCCAGGACCUCGUCCAGCCAUUCUUCCGUUUCGCCUCAGACUAUGGACUUACCUCACUCAGUUCCAUGGAGGGUCUUCCGAGGACCCAGUUCAAUCUGAAGCUAUUGCGUCUUUCCAUUGACUGGGUCAGCUUUGUGUGCGACGACUGCGAUCAAACGGAACGACAAACAUUUCGUUGGGCAAUGGCGGCACUCAACUUCGCUAUGAAGAUGACGAAAGGCAACAACAUUCUUGCGCUCAGCGACUCGGAGUUUUCGUGGCUACGAUCUAAGAUUGCCGGCUGCAUGACGCUUUUGAUCUCUCACUUUGAUAUUCACGGGGCCAGGACACAGAGCGAGACACUUCGAAACGAGCACGACGGAAGACAAACACAAAAGCCCUUGGAUCAGACACGUCUUUUGGAGGAGAUCAGCGCCAUCCUCAAGCUUGCGACAUCGAACGAGAGUCCGCUUUCACCAGAGGCAAUACAGAACCAUAAGUCACAAGUAGAGAAAUUGGCGAAGAUUGAGAACAAAAGGAAUGAGAGGGAGCAGGAAAUCAAAGUCAUCGGCAAAGUCCUGGAUGAUCAAAAGCCUGAAGACCGAUCUCUGGUAUUCUUGGCUGCACUGACAGAUUCGGUGGCAAUUCGAUGGCAGCUAGUCAAAUAUAUCGGUUCUGGUACAUUCGGCACAGUCCACCUUGGCACCAAUUCUGAUACAGGAGAACUGAUUGCCGUGAAGGAGAUUCGGUUCGCAAACGCAUCCAUGACUCUUGUUAAGUCGAUCCGCGACGAGAUGAAGGUCAUGAAGAUGCUGCAUCACCCCAACAUUGUACGAUAUGAUAACAUUGAGGUCCAUCGACAUCGAGUAUUCAUCUUCAUGGAGUAUUGUCAAGGGGGCAGUUUGGCGGAUUUACUGGAGCAUGGCAGGAUCGAGGACGAAAAAGUUAUCAAGUUUUAUACUCUGCAGAUGUUGAAGGGACUUGCCUACCUCCAUGACAUGGACGUGGUUCAUCGAGAUGUCAAGCCGGACAAUGUCCUUUUGGAUCAUAAUGGCAACAUCAAAUUUGUAGAUUUCGGUGCAGCCAAGAUCCUGGCCAAAAACCAGAGAACACGAACAGCCGCAAAAAGUCUCCACGACGGUGUUGGUGCCAACUCUCUGAAUGGAACGCCGAUGUACAUGGCCCCGGAGGUGAUCAAGAACGGAGAGAAGGGUCGCAAGGGAAGCAUGGAUAUCUGGUCAAUGGGAUGCUGUGUGCUUGAGAUGGCAACCGGUCGCCGACCUUGGGCCCAUUUGGACAAUGAAUGGGCUGUUAUGUUCCACGUUGCCACCUCUCACCCACCGCUACCCGAUCCAUCUCAGAUGAGUGCUAAGGGAAUUGCUUUCCUCAAGAGAUGCUUCACCCGAAAUAGCAAGGAGCGUCCAUCAGCUGUGGAGCUGCUUCGUGACCCAUGGCUCAAGGGAGUAGAUCAAGACGAAAGCAGCGAGGAGUAUCGAUAUGAAGGUCCGCCUUUGGAGGUCAACAGUGAUGGAGAGACGGUCACUCCUGUUCAGUUUGGCUAUGGGGAAGAGGAUCUUGCCGACUAUCCUGAUAUUGAGAAGAAGCCAUCGAGCCAUGGAAAUAUGUCAUAUGCCGAACACGAACUUGAACAGAGCAAUGGCGUUAGCAGCGAUGGACCUAAGCUCGAGCAUUCAGCCCCGCUCACGGAGAAGAGUAUGAUGCGUGCCGAGAACCGGAGUCACAUCUAUGCUGACAAGGAAAUCGUGGAUGGAGCUGAAGGAAUGAGCGGACUAGGGGCCGGGAAUACCUCUGGAGGCGGAAGCAGCCAAAACAGCACUGACUCCAUUAUGUCAGAUACGGUAUCCGAGGUUGGAUCCGAGGUGGAGCUGAUGCUGAGUGCCAUUCGGGAGCGUGAGGAAGGCUCUAGGCAGGUCUCAAAACAGUCCUCACCCUUACUCGAUAAGGACCUGCAAGGAGCGGGAGUGAUCCAUGGUGUGUUUGAAGGUGCAGGCGGUCUUGAGAAUAUCGGCGAUGGUGACGAUAGUAGUCGCCGCGAACCACCACCAACUACUACGGACGUGUCAGCAUCAAUAUUGAUGCUGCCUUCACGUAGCGUCGAUGUGAGCGAGCACAGUGGAUUUGCGCGCGAGAUGGGUUUGGACAUGUACGGUGAAACGAGUCCUAAGAUCAGGGAUGGCCAAGCCUCGCCUAUUGUGUCCGUGAAGCUGAUGGAGAAGACAGGGGAAGAUCAGACGGCAACAGAAAGCGCGAAUGCAGCGACGGCUGCUAUCUUGACCGAGGGUGCUCCCUGGCGUUCAGAAUCCGAAGACUCUAUCUGACAAUCUCGUAUAGCAGUAGGGGCAGUGUAUCUAUCAUAAGGGAUCCAUGUCAAUUGAAAAUUCUAUCCCUUCCUCCGCUUCCAGUCAUGUAUGGGACCAAUUUAUUAGAUUUGGUUAAAAAUCAUAAAGAAAUAACUGCACUUCUAUACUCAUG